UAUUUUAAAAAUAAAAGCCAAAUUUUGAAGAGAGACGAGAAAAGUUAUUGAAAGAAGAGGAGCUGUCCGGAAGUAUAUGAAGAUUGGUGUAUCUUGACAGAAUUAUGGUUUGAAUGAGCUGAGUUCUUCGGAUUUUGAUCGUGUUCAAAGUUUUCACUUCAACCAUUCUUCAACAAUGUAUUUGAAAGAAGGACGUUCCUUAUUGAUGAAGAUUCAAAAACCCCUAAUACCGUUCGUGCUAAAUUCCAACCCCAUCAUCAAUCCCCGUGAUCCCAACAAACAACAACUUCUGCAAGAAUCCGACGUGCUCAAACGAUUGAAAACGGAUCGGAAUCUCUCGUCGGUCUUAGGAUUCUUUAGCGCCAUUGCCAAUUCAAAUGCCUUCCAGCACACCGCAUCGACGUACAGAGUCAUGAUCGAGAGGCUCGGCCGUGAAUGUGAAAUGGAUAUGGUGCAGUACAUUUUACAGCAAAUGAAGAUGGAUGGAAUUAAUUGCUGUGAAGAUUUGUUCAUAUGUAUAAUCAAUGGUUAUAAACGCGUUGGCUCCGCCGAGCAGGCGCUUAAGAUGUUUUAUCGGAUUGGAGAAUUUGGCUGCAAGCCGACGGUGAGGAUAUACAAUCAUCUUUUGGAUGCAUUGUUGAGUGAAAACAAGUUUCAGAUGAUUAAUCCAUUGUAUACUAACAUGAAGAAAGAUGGGUUAAUUCCUAAUGUCUUCACAUAUAAUAUACUUUUGAAAGCAUUGUAGAAUGAUCGGGUUGAUGCUGCACACAAGCUGUUUGUUGAAAUGUCAAAUAAGGGAUGCCCACCUGAUGCGGUUACCUAUACGACUAUGGUGUCUUCACUGUGUAAAGCAGGCAAGAUUGAUGAUGCUAGAGAGCUUGCGGGAAGAUUUAAACCGAGUGUUCCUGUUUAUAAUGCUUAUGGGAUGUGUAAGAAGGAAAGAAUUGAGGUAGCAAUUAAGUUGUUGGGUGAAAUGAUGGAUAAUGGAGUUGAUCCCAAUGUGGUCUCGUAUUCAUGUAUUAUAAAUUCUCUUUGCGUUUCGGGGAAUGUUGAAUUGGCUUUUGCAUUUGCUCAAAUGUUUUUGAGAGGUUGUGAUGCUAAUAUCCACACGUUUACGCCAUUAAUAAAGGGUUGUUUCAUGAGAGGGAAAUUGUAUGAAGCUCUUGACUUGUGGAAGCUUAUGAUACAAGAUGGUUGUGAGCCAAAUGUAGUUGCUUACAACACUCUGAUUCAUGGUCUUUGCAGUAACGGGAGUUUGGAAGAAGCCUUGCAAGUAUGUGAUCAGAUGCAGAGGAGUGGCUGCCUUCCUAAUGUGACUACUUACAGCAUUCUAAUUGAUGGUUUCGCUAAAAGUGGUGAUUUGGUCGGUGCAUCCGAGACAUGGAAUAGGAUGAUAUCUCAUGGUUGUCGUCCUAAUGUGGUGACUUAUACUUGCAUGGUGGAUGUUCUUUGUAAAAACUCAAUGUUUGACCAAGCCAAUUCACUUGUGGAGAAGAUGACUCUCGAAGGCUGUACUCCAAAUACUAUGACAUUCAACACGUUUAUCAAAGGUUUAUGUGGAAAUGGAAGAGUAGAAUGGGCAAUGAAACUGCUUGAACGAAUGCAAGGACAUGGGUGUCUUCCUAAUAUCACAACUUACAACGAGUUACUUGAUGCUCUUUUCAGGAUGAACAAGUAUGAAGAGGCUUUUGGGCUAUUUCAGGAAAUUGAAGCAAGAAAUUUACAGCCGAACUUAGUGACAUAUAAUACCGUUUUAUAUGGUUUUUCUCGGGCUGGCAUGAUGGGGGAGGCGUUGCAGCUUUUUGGUAAAGCACUUGUUAGGGGAACUGCCCCUGAUUCCAUCACGUAUAAUACAAUGAUACAUGCCUAUUGCAAGCAGGGGAAGGUUAAGAUCGCAGCUCAAUUGGUGGAACGAGUUAGUUCUAUGAAGGAGUGGCAUCCAGAUAUCAUUACAUACACUAGCCUCAUUUGGGGUGCCUGCAAUUGGAUGAAUAUAGAAGAAGCCAUGGCUUUUCUUGACAAGGCAAUUAAUCAAGGAAUCUGUCCCAACUUUGCCACAUGGAAUGCAUUAGUUCGGUGUUUCUUUCGACUCUUUAGGUCAUAUGGGACCAAUUCAUAUUCUGGAUGAUAUUUUGAGAAAGGGAUAAGAUGGCCGAGUUUGGAAGAUGAUCAAACAAUCAACUUCAGAUGUUGCUGUGACCUCAUAUUACAUAUAUAUUGAGAGAUUUUUUCUUGAACCCACUUGUAAUUCUCGACAAAAAAACAGGAGCAUUAUAUUCACAAUCAUCAGAAUAGUGGUGAGUCAACUUACAUGGCGCUCAUGCCAGUGUAGCAACAGGCCAAUGUUAAGUUCUCCUCGCGGCACAUUCUUGUUAUCAUGGAUAGCAUCAUCUUGCGAUGUUUUAUUGCAAAAUCGACAAGAAUACCUUCUUGGCGACAGCAGAUUCAAGUCUUGGAUUUGCUCCAACAUAGCCAGUGAGUCCAACAUAAGGAACAGGUAGGAUGCGAGAAGGAAAUUCAAGCCAUUAGCGUAAGGAUCAAAAUGUGGUUUCAACUGACGACCAAAUGCUUUAUCCAUCACUUUGGCAAAUGACGCUGAACUCAAGUCUAGCAAUGGCCUUGGAAAUCCUUUGACUGUAGUUUUAAUUGCCCUGCAUAAAUUGUGUGAUGUGAAAUGACCUGCAGAGACUCAUAUGAAAGGAAAAAGUCAUUAGUGGAUGUCAACUGGAAAAAGAGAAAAAAAACAAUACCUCAAAUGACAACUUCCUGGUAGCCAAAUUGCAAUAUGAUGUCCCUGAUGAAAGGAUCCAAUUUAGCCCUUUUAGCACCAAUGGGAGGUGGCCCUCCCAUGGUUAGAUUUGGUGCAACUUUAUCCAAACCAUAUCCCAGAGAACCAUAUAAGAAGAAUUCUGCUUCUAGGUACUCUAAAUUCAGUGGAAAUUCUAAAAGAUCAGCAUCUCCUUGGGGAAUGAAAUUGUUUUCUCUUCUGACAAUCGCAUUACAAUGAAUUGGCAAAUGAAGGAUGAUGAGGUAGCUGACAGCGGCAGCGGCUACUUACUGCUUGGAGUUGGUAAAUAAAUGAGAAGAUUAGAUGGCAGGCAGAUGGGGGCAGAUUUAAAGUUUGAUUGCCAUGUUGAUUUGAUAUGCUGACAACAAGACCUACUGAUGCAAGAAAAAAAGGUAAGUAGGUGGGUUCUAACUUCCUCAUAAAUGGAUGUUGUCUUUGCAUGGCCAUUAGGCAAUCUUGUUUUAUGAUUACCAAACUUAAAACUCAAAACAUGGGUUCUACUCAAGGAAAAAAUAAUUCAAUCAGCUCGUCUGUCUUAAUUCCACUGUCUAAUUCGAGUUACUUCACCUUACAACUAACUGUGAAAAACCCAACAAAUCGCGUUGUAAUUGCAAAGAAUUUCUUUCAUUGUCCCCAAUAUCUCCCUCUUGAUCAAUGGAUAGCUUUCUUAUGAA